AUGCUAGCUAUUCCGGAUAAGUCCUCUAGUGGAUCACGCACAGAAGAUAUAUAUCGUCAUGAUGAACAGCGGUAUGCAGAAAGAGUGUCACCUUUUGUCCAAAAGGACUCUAGAAUGCGUUAUGAGAGCCCAGAUACGUAUAGCAAAUCGAAUAUGAGUGACAGAAAUGCAGAACCCAGUGAGGUAUUAUAUAUAGGAUUCCCAGCAUCGUUGAAAGUAGAUGAAACGCUAUUGAGGAAGGUCUUUUCUCCAUUUGGAGACAUAACGAAGGUUACGAUAUUCUCUGGUCGUAGUUAUGCAUUUGUUCAAUUCCGGAAUCUAAUGGCAGCUUGUGAGGCAAAAGAAACUCUUCAGGGUAAACUGUUUGGGAAUUCUCGAGUGCAUAUUUCUUUCGCAAAGAGUGAACCUUCCUCAUCCAGCGGUGGAAGGGGUUCGUCUGGUCGAUCACUCUCUCCGCCUUACAGAUCUGUUGAUCGGCUGGGAUCUUCAGAAGGCUAUCUUCAGGAUAGAAAUUACGGAAGCAUGAGCAGAAUGAGGGACCCACAUUACAUAGACGAUAGGGAUUUUGACGAGUCUGAAAAUUACAUGUUUAGCAGGAAAGGAGCCUCGAGGAAUGAUGGAGGCACUGCAUAUGGAAGGUCGAGGUCUGCGCAUAAACUGCCUCAGGAUAUGCAUGAGUAUCAUGCUAGUCCUAGGGAAAUGGGUUCUGCAUUCCGUGAUGAUCCUCACAGGUUUUCUUCAAGGAGUUCUGUGUAUGAAGAGCCAUGGGGUUUACCCGAAGAAGACUACUACUACCAGGAAACCAAGAGACAGAAGACAAGGUCGUCGCAGCCUGAGAGACAGCCUUUUUCAAGGGCAUCUGCUGAUUUUUCCCCAAAAGACGCGUUGGAGCGGAACUAUGAGGCUGGACAGCUAAGAUACAAGCGAGCGGUUGAGAAGCCAUUGAAUCUGGGUAUGAGAAACGGGGAUAAGAGUAGCUUUCGUGAACAAAAUGACGAGUUAAUGGGAGCUUUUUCUCUGCCUGAAGGGAAACGGUAUACCCCUGAACUGAAUCGACCAUCACUUAAGGACUGGAACUGGGAAGGGACUAUUGCAAAGGGAGGGAACCCUAUUUGUCGUGCUAAAUGCUUUCCUGUGGGCAAAGUGAUGGACAUGAUGCUGCCUGAGUUUCUAGAUUGCACGGCAAGAACUGGUUUAGACAUGCUGGCGAAGCAUUACUACCAAUCAUCUCAAGCGUGGGUGGUUUUCUUCGUUCCUGGAAGCGAUGCUGAUAUUGGCUUCUAUAACGAGUUUAUGCAUUAUCUGGAGGAGAAGCAACGCGCAGCUGUUUCUAAAUUGGAUGACACAACGACGUUAUUCCUCGUGCCUCCAUCUGAUUUCUCCGAGAAAGUACUUAAAGUUCCCGGGAAACUAAGCAUCUCCGGGGUUAUUCUACGGUUAGAAUACGGCAGUUCUGGAUCUGGACCUCUUCAACAGCAAGGUGAGAGAAGAGAUCCAGACCUGUUAACCUAUUAUGGUGAGACAUCGUAUUCAGAGGACAAUGGAGCUUAUCCUGAUGCUAGAAACCCACCAUAUUUGCGUAGUGCUGCACGAGAUGUUCAAAGUUCACAUAUGGAUCCGUACAUCGAGAGCAAGCACGAUCAGUUGAGUCACCGGUAUUCUGGAUUGGACAGGCCACCUCGUGAUGUGUCAUUUACCAACACCAGAAGUCAACCCUUGGUAGGCUUUCAAGAGCAUAGCGGGUUUGUUCCUGGGAAUCAGUCAAGUGCAGAUCGAAGUCGUUUCCAUGAAACAGAAACCUUUUCAGGGUUUCAGCCUGAACAGCUUACACAUUUAGCUUCCUCUCUGUCCAGACAGCAGACGCAGGUAGAUAACACACCAAAUCAGCCUGAGAGAUAUGCACCAGAGGUUCGAGCAAGUUUCAGCCAUUUGCAACACGUGCAGGCACCAACCAUACCUCAAUUGGUAUCUCCAGGAAAUCAAAACGUACAGCUACAAGGUAGCAGCAACGGUCAAGAAGAAGAAGAAACCGAGGCUAAUCCACAGAAGCGUCUUCAAGCAACGUUACAGCUAGCAGCAGCACUUCUCCAGCAGAUUCAACAAGCAAAAACUAAUUGA